CUGAGGCCAAGAGCGUCCCAACAGUGAAGGAAAAGACUUGGCAUCUUCCUUUCCACUUCAGUGUGCGGCUUGGUACAUAUUUAUUGAAACAGUCUUUACAUUGCUGCUGCUUGGAGUCUGGAAGAGUCAGAUCCGUGACAAAAUGGAUAAUGUGUAUAUGAGUGAGCUGAUUCGCUGUCAUGACGAUGAAGCAACGAGGACGUCGCCUUCAGAAGGGCUGGAGGAAGGGGAAGUGGAAGGGGAGACGCUUCUCAUCGUGGAGUCUGAAGAUCAGGCUUCAGUGGAUCUGAGCCACGAUCAGAGCGGGGACUCCGUGAAUAGUGAUGAGGGGGACACAUCGUGGACAGAGGAGAUGUCUUAUUACUGCGAAAGGUGUCAAAAGUGGAUUCCAGCAGGUCAGGUGAGGGAGCAGGUCACCUAUCUCAAGGGCGAUAACUUUUUCAGGUUUACCUGCUGUGAUUGCUCAGAGGACGGGAAGGAGCACUUUGAACGGCUGCGGCUCACAUGGCAGCAAGUUGUCAUGCUGGCAAUGUACAACCUGUCCCUGGAAGGAACUGGCCGCCAAGGUUACUUUAGAUGGAAGGAAGAUAUUUGUGCUUUCAUUGAAAAGCACUGGAGUUUUCUAUUAGGAAACCGGAAGAAGACUUCCACCUGGUGGAGCACCGUUGCCGGUUGCCUUUCUGUCGGAAGCCCUUUGUAUUUUCGUUCGGGAGCGCAGGAAUUUGGAGAACCAGGGUGGUGGAAACUGGUUCACAACAGGCCCCCGACCAUGAAGCCCGAAGGCGACAAGCUGUCCGUGUCUGCCCUGAAAGCAAAAGCAGGUUCAAAGCCACCUUUGGAUCCAGUCAUUACUGUGGAGGGACUCCGGAAGCGGGGGAGUCGCAACCCAGCAGAGUCUGCCAUGGAGCUGAAGGAGAAGCGGUCUCGCACGCAGGAAGCCAAGGACAUCAGGAGAGCUCAGAAGGAGGCAGCCGGCUUCCUGGACAGGAGCACGUCCUCCACCCCAGUGAAGUUCACCAGUCGGAGUCGUCGCCACGAGAUCGUCCUUGAGAAAGGGGAGGUGGUGGACUUUUCUUCCAUGAGCUCCUCCGACCGAACUCCUUUGACAAGCCCGUCUCCCUCUCCCUCUCCGGAUUUCUCUGCUCCGGGGACACCAGCGUCUCACUCAGCUACACCGAGCCUGCUCUCAGAAGCGGACCUGGUUCCGGAUAUAAUGCCACCGCAGGCCCUCUUUCAUGAUGACGAGGAGGCGGAAGGCGAUGGUGUCAUAGACCCAGGGAUCGAGUACAUCCCGCCACCCAGCCUGCCAGCAGGAAUGAUGCGAAAGAAGGUGAAGGUCCCCGAGCAGAUCAAGCAGGAGCUGGAGAACGAGGAAGAACGGGCGGGGAGGCUGGAAGGCUACGCCGACAAUGCUAACCAUGCGCCGGCCGCCUUUCCGGAGCAGGGGCGAGACAAGCAGAAAGCACGCCUGGCCCACAGAGACGUGAAGCCCGCCGUGUCCAGGUGCCUGCCCGUCAGCAUCUACGAAGAGAAGCUGCUCCUGAAGCGGCUGGAGGCCUGCCCCACUGCGGUGGCGGUGAGCCCCGAGGCCUGCAGGCUGCGGCGCAAGCUCAUGGUGCGCCAGGCCAAGCGCGGGAAGGGGCUGCCCCUCCUGGACCUGGACAGCGCCGCGAAUGCUGCCCUCCUCCUGGUCGACGGGAUUUACGGGGGCACGGGAAGCGACGGCGCCUGUCUGCCCAACGGCUACGCUGUGUGCAGGACCACCAGCCAGGACUUCCGCAUCUUGGAUCGAUACCAGACCAAGCUACCUGCUGUGAAGGGGUUUCGCCAAACAGCGACAACAUUUCUGUGUCGACUUGUAGGCUCGGGAGACACGCCGACCGAUCAGAGCAUCAUCAGCCCCUACACGUCUCGGAUCCUGAAGCCUUACAUCAGGCGUGACUACGAGACUCAGCCCCCAAAGCUUCGGCUGCUGCGUGAGAUCCAGGCCCACUCACGGAAGGGUGGUCCCAGCUGGACUGCUGAGCCGGGCGCACCCGUUGACUAUUGCUACGUGCGCCCGAACCACAUCCCCACGAUUAACUCGAUGUGCCGCGAGUUCUUCUGGCCAGGGAUUGACCUGUCCGAAUGCCUGCAGUAUCCAGACUUCAGUGUGGUCGUCCUUUACAAAAAAGUAAUAAUUGCUUUUGGAUUUAUGGUGCCAGAUGUUAAAUACAAUGAAGCCUACAUCUCUUUUCUGUUCGUGCACCCUGAGUGGAGACGAUCAGGCAUUGCAACCUUCAUGAUUUAUCAUCUUAUUCAGACGUGUAUGGGCAAAGACGUGACCCUUCAUGUCUCUGCCAGUAAUCCUGCAAUGUUGCUGUACCAGAAGUUUGGAUUUAAAACAGAAGAGUACAUUUUGGAUUUCUAUGACAAAUACUACCCUUUGGACAGCAAGGAGUGCAAGCAUGCGUUCUUUCUGAGGCUGCGACGAUGAGGCAGAGAUUUGCUGGGACUUUCAGGGGAAAACAAGUCCCCGGAAGAAAAUUUGACUAAAGGAGAGAGAAACUCACCCAUUUUACUGCAAGGAUGGAAUUCAUUCUUUGUUGUUUGUGAAGAAUCGUUUUGACAAAGUGGUUGCUGAUGCACCAAAAAGAUCAAUAUUUAGCUUCUUUAUUGACAGUUCUAUGAUGCCUGAAUCAGUCUUCCCAGGCUUUGCAACAUUUAUUAGAAAAACAUGUUUUCUUUUUCACCUAUUAAACUUCAGAUGGAAUAUAUAUAUAUAUAUAUAUAUCAAAAUAAAAAGGUUUUAUUUUGUGACCUGAGUGCAUUUGAAAGGCUUUUUAAAGACAGUAUGCAUUCCAAACCUCCAACAUCUGUACUAAUAAACUUGCAUGCCGUGAAGUUCAGGCUGCACAGACUUGCGUGGUCGGUGCAGCUCCCCUGCUCCAGGGCUGACACCUUGAUGGGAUGUCACAGCGGCAUAGCCCCCCUGUGCUAACCUAGUGCAGCUGGCAUAGGGGCCAACAAUGACUCGCAUUAGAGGCAUUCUGGGAAAUGAAUGGUCUUCCUCCAGAUACAAAACUCUUUCCAAAUCCACUCGCGGCCUUGUGUUGGUACAGUUGUAGGUUGAUUAAAGAGGGAAU